AUGCUUGAGAACGAGUGGACAGGGAGUAAAAUAUCGGGGGAAUUGAAAGCUCUUCGUGGCCACGGUUCUGACCGUGAACGUUCUUCCCUUGUUUCCGACGACCCAGGCGGUGUCGUCGUUGACGAGCUAAUAGGGAUGGUAACCUCCUCUCAAGAAGGGUGUAAAAUAUCGGGGAAAUUGAAAGUUCUUCGUGGCCACGGUUCUGGCCGUGAACGUACUUCCCUUGUUUCCGAUGUUCUUGAGCGACGGUCGUCCUACGAUGUAGGAAUAGAUGUUUUAGGAGUCAUUUCUGGGAUCCUAUUUGUGAGGAAUAUAAUAGGCAACGUUUCGAAAGCUUAUGAAUUUUCGAUAAAGAUGAAACGAUUCCAGGCCGAGCCGUCGUUAACGAGCUAA